AUGGGAAAUAAGCCCUCAGCUUUCUGGAAAUCCCUCUGCCUGACCAGCCUUUCUGGCUUCUUCCCCAGGGUUAUCAAUGCUGGGAAGAGCACACACAAUGAAGACCAAGCCAGCUGUGAGGUGCUUACCGUGAAGAAGAAAGCAGGGGCCAUUACCUCAACCCCAAAUAGGAACUCAUCCAAGAGACGGUCCUCCCUUCCCAAUGGGGAAGGGCUGCAGCUAAAGGAGAACUCGGAAUCCGAGGGCAUCUCCUGCCAUUACUGGUCGCUGUUUGACGGUCACGCAGGGUCCGGGGCCGCGGUGGUGGCAUCGCGCCUGCUGCAGCACCACAUCACGGAGCAGCUGCAGGACAUCGUGGACAUCCUGAAGAACUCUGCCGUCCUGCCCCCGACCUGCCUGGGGGAGGAGCCCGAGAACACGCCCGCCAACAGCCGGACUCUGACCCGGGCGGCCUCGCUGCGCGGGGGCGUGGGGGCCCCCGGCUCCCCCAGCACCCCACCCACGCGCUUCUUCACCGAGAAGAAGAUUCCGCACGAGUGCCUGGUCAUCGGGGCUCUCGAAAGCGCGUUCAAGGAAAUGGACCUACAGAUAGAACGAGAGAGGAGUUCAUAUAAUAUAUCUGGUGGCUGCACGGCCCUCAUUGUGGUUUGCCUUUUGGGGAAGUUGUAUGUGGCCAAUGCUGGGGAUAGCAGGGCCAUAAUCAUCAGAAAUGGAGAAAUUAUUCCCAUGUCUUCGGAAUUCACCCCCGAGACUGAGCGCCAGCGACUUCAGUACCUGGCAUUCAUGCAGCCUCACUUGCUGGGAAAUGAGUUCACACAUUUGGAGUUUCCGAGGAGAGUACAGAGAAAGGAACUUGGGAAGAAGAUGCUCUACAGGGACUUUAAUAUGACAGGCUGGGCAUACAAAACCAUUGAGGAGGAUGACUUGAAGUUUCCCCUUAUAUAUGGAGAAGGCAAGAAGGCCCGAGUAAUGGCAACUAUUGGAGUGACCAGGGGACUUGGGGACCAUGACCUGAAGGUGCAUGACUCCAACAUCUACAUAAAACCAUUCCUGUCUUCAGCUCCGGAGGUAAGAGUCUACGAGCUCUCCAGAUAUGAUCAUGGAACAGAUGAUGUGCUGAUCUUGGCCACUGAUGGACUCUGGGAUGUUUUAUCAAAUGAAGAAGUAGCAGAAGCAAUCACUCAAUUUCUUCCUAACUGUGAUCCAGAUGACCCUCACAGGUACACACUGGCAGCUCAGGACCUGGUGAUGCGUGCUCGGGGAGUCCUGAAGGACAGAGGAUGGCGGAUAUCUAAUGAUCGGCUGGGCUCAGGAGACGACAUUUCUGUAUAUGUCAUUCCUUUAAUACAUGGAAAUAAACUGUCAUGAAAUUGCCCCGGGGGGUUGGGAGGACAAAGGGGAAGAAAACUGGGAUGCCUCUUGGCUGGGUGGAACUGGGAAGUGCCUGGCUGAGUUCCAAGUGAUGCAGUCUUCCCAGCCCAGGUGGGGAGUUUUCUGCCAAAAGGCCUCUGGCUGUGCUUCAGAUGACCGUUAGGUUUCCAUUUCUUCUUUAGUAACAGGUCUGACACUUAACAAGAACAAAACACAAAGGCUGCUACUGAGUGUUGUAUUUCUCUUGGUUCUUUUUAUAGGGAAGCCUAGGUGGCCAUGGUCUAUUUUGGGCACGUACUUCAUAUUUAUUUUAUCUAGAGUAGCUAGGGCAGCCUCUUUCAGGUAUAACUGGCAGGAGACUCUUCAGCCUGUCAAGCUGCCAACUUCUUUCUCUACGGGUUAAAAGUGCUGCAUUGGAAAGUUGAGGAUCAUGCCUCGGAGGGCGUGGGCACCCACCUUCUAGGAAGCCUGAGAUUUAUUUCAGGGAUUGUUGCCUACCAUUCCCUUUCUCCCUCCCUCUUUCUCUUUAUUCUUUUGUGGUGAUGGCGGGGUGAGGCAGGGAUAUUUUUCUUUUUCGACAUUCCUUGAGUCUUAACUUUUUCCCUCCCAUAGAACAGGACUGGGACUUGUCAACUCCUUGCUGAGGAAUUUCUGUGUCAAAGUCCAACCCACAUGGGGUGUCCUCAUGGUUUCCAGACCACACCACCCAGGUAGCCAUCUAGAGUAGUGCCUUGCGUGACAGAGUGUGUCCUUGUUGUGUAACAUUUGUUCCCGAGUUGCAUUUUCUCACCAAAUCAGCGUAUUUUCGUGAUAAUAUGGGUUUUUCAUUGGCCACAGUUCCUGUCGCCCUUGCGUGGCUUGAGGUUUCUCUGUGAGUCUAGGUUUUCACUUCUGGGAUGGUUGGUCCUCUCUCAUGUGGGGUGUCAGGGAGACACAUAAAGCAGUGUUUGCUGGAGCAGUUUAGGAAAUUCCUUGUAUCAGUUGGUUCACUGCACCUCUUUGGAGGACCAUUUUGGCUCCAGGUUUCAUGGGUUGUGGCUGUCCCUAGGCCCACUCCACACACAGUGUGUCAGAGUUCUGUCAAGGGGCACUUCUCUCCCUGUCAUCUUCGUGCAAGGCCCACUCAGGAUGGCCCUUUAAUAAAAGUGAAUUUGAACUGGGUUGGCUGGUUAUUCUCAUGCUGUGCUCCCUGUCCCUUCUCCAGAGAAUCAUGUCCUGGCUACCCAGGAACUGACCCCUCGUCCCACUCUAGUUCCACCUCUGCGUGUUCCUCACAAGAGCAGCAACAGUUGACACCGAACGGACAGACACCAUUUCUACCUGCUGCUUCUCUGCCAGGGGGAAUAGCAGAGUAGAUUUUAAAAAUCACUUCUGUCUCUCAGGCAGACUGCUGCUCUGCACUGGGGAACCUUGUAGAACAACAUCUAAUUGCCUCGUCGUCUUCCCGCUGAGCUGCUGGGGUGUCAUCACCAUUUUGACAACUUCGUGUAAUUAAAACACUCUUUGGACCCAAUAAACAAAAAAGUCAUUGGUGUGAUCCCCAGAAGUCCUGAAGAGCCAAUUCCAGUUCUCAUGGUUGUUUGAAUUCCUUCCCCAGAGGAGAGGAGAGGAACGUUUCCUCCAGGGUCAUAAAUCGCCUGCACUCCUGGAGUUGUAGAUAUUUUCUCAGGAAGGCCCGGAGCCUUCCUGCUCAGGAAGGAAUUCAUUCCACAGUGUGGCAACAGUGCCCUGUCAGGCAGGUGAAGGACGGUGGCAGUUCACCCCACCAGGUGUUUGCCGAAAUGUCGUCUGGGAGGAACUGGACUACCCCCUUGUCAGGACUCGCCUUCGUCUGAGAGCGUUUCCUCUUCCUCUGGUAAAUCCUAGUUACCCCGAAUGUCUCUGUGGGGAGAAGUUUGUGGUAAACCAUUUGCUUCCCUGGCAGAAUAUGAUGCUAUGGGGAAACAUUCAGGCAGCCUGCGGCAGUGCGGUCCGCUUCCUGCUCCUGCCCCGACUCACAGUCAUGUAUAAAUUGCAAACAUGAGAGAGUCUUCCGUGGAGGACCCUGAGCUGCCUUCUUGAGGAUCUUUCCUGUGUUCCCGUUGCCUUUCAUUUCUUUGCUUUCCUCGACCUCUGUCUGGGUCCUACCUUGAGCUUCUCUGGUGUUAUUCAUGCCAUCAGAGUCAAUGUGGGUGUAGCUAUCAUGUAGAUGUAUUCAAUUCAACCAUUCAUUUACCGCCGAGGCAUGGCUCAGGAAAAACCCUGGAAACCCUUUAUCUAAACUAUCCUAAAAUCUUGAGCAUUUGAUGCUGCUGAUUUUAGUUAGAAAGGUACCCAGGAAUUCCUUUCAUAAGCCCCUUUGGGUGGAAAGAUCUUAGUAGCAAGCAAAUCCAUGUUUGUGUUUGGGGGAUGGGAAGAAGACUACAAAUGAGGUGAAUAAAUGAAAAGUGGAAAGCAGGAUUUAUUAACUCCCAUGACGGAUCUGCCCAGUCGUGGUGUUGCUCUGUGAAUGGAGCUUACUCAGUUUUGGCUUUAUUUUUCACCCAGGCCCUGAGUCACCCCAUCCUGGAAUAUAAUUGUGUCUAUACAACAGGCUGGUCCUUGGAGCAUUCCUGGAAAGGUCAAAAGACAGCACACUCAAAAUUGUGCACAACAUGUUAAAACGUGGUUCUGAAAUCCUGUGUAUCUGACUUAUAGCCAAAUCUGCUUGCCCUAAUACCUCAGAGGAAGUCUUGUUUAAUGAAAAGCUUUUGAUUUCCUAGGCAAGGCUUUAUGGUGGGGGGAUGGGGGGCACACGGAGAGUGGUGGUCACUUCCUUUAAUGAAAAUCUGCUUAAGCUCUAAAUCUCUUUGUUGGGCUGGCCUCUGCUCUUCAGACUGUUUGUUGAAGUCUUUUUCUUAAAGGGAAUGAACUCAAAGUCCAGCCACACUCUGCAUGUGUUGCUAGAGGACAACCCAAGCUUUGUUCUUGUGACACCUGAAAUCAGAGCAGUGUCAGCAGUCAGGGAGGCAGAGGUGUGUCUGCUGUGGUUGUGCGUACCUGAGUGUUGCUCUUGAGGUAGGAGGGGAGGUGGAAAAGGGGCUAAGCCAAGUACUCAGCUGUCUAAUAGGACAAAGCCUUUACAAGUGGGAAUCUCAGUUAUUUUCCAUAAUAUUGAGCUUGGAAGGAUUUGGGGUGUGUAGUUUUUGAAUUCCCAGCAACUCACUUCUCUGGGGCUUUGUGCAGGCAGUUGUGCCCACCCUCUUUUUACUCUUCCCUCUAAGUAUUUAUUUACUUCUUGGGAAGAAUUGCAGCCAUAGGUAGAUAUUAGUAGAUAACGAGAGUCCCAGUACCCCGAUUUGGCCUCAGUUCUUGGCCAUUCAAACAGGAUUUUCAGUUUACCAAGAGCAUUAGCAUGGAAACACUUAGAAUAAAUCUCCCACAUCUUUAAAAUUCUGAUUCUCCCCUCCAUAGCUCCUUUCUCACCUCCUUCCUUAUCUGCUGAUCAACUUUAUUUAUUUAUAAGGCCUCAAGUGGUCAGUGGUUUCCUUCCCACCAGUUGGAGGAUCUGACCUUUCCUUAAGUGACCCAGCAGCUCCACUGUUUUCAGAGUGAAUGUGUUAAGCUGUGAUUAGAAUCUAUUUUCAGAAGUUAGUGCUUCUGGGACACUUGGAGAAAGCUGUGAGAAUCACUGCCUAAAUGACAAUUGUCUAAUUGCAAAGAACAAUCAGGCUGAUCCUAAAAGUUAUCUAAGAAAAUGGUAAAACAGUCUCUGGCCACAGGACAGAAUUUUAUGUUAGGAACUUGGAUUUUUGAGGGCUUACAAAGAAAUGCUGCAGCCUGCACACCACAGCCCACCUUUCUGAGCAACUGUGGUUUUGUGUGGGUGAUGUGGCAUAUGUGUGUACACUGGGAUUUUUCAAGGACACUACAUGAGCAGCUUGACUUGCCUCUUUGUCAGAUUCGAGUGCCAGUCUAGGGAGUACUGCUCUUUCUAAUCCACAGUGUUACCUGUGUAAAUAGUUUUAAUUUUUCCUCUGUGUCUUAGAUGAAGUUUUGUUCGUGUAGCAACCAGGUAGACAGUGACCAAAUAAGGCUGUAAACGUGCUGUUGUUUUCUACGGUGAUGUACUUGAGGAAGGAGAAUCUCGUGCCCACCACUCUUCUGAUCUCCCACGAGUAUUUUGUGUUUGUUUGGGGGGUCCCAACGUUACUCUUUACUCCUGUUUUGCCACCAAUUUUCUGUUUCUUGUGGAGACCCGGGGAGGUCCAUGGCAGAGGUGAUUUGUAAGGAAUGUGUCAUGGUCUGGGUUCCCAAAACUACCCUCUGUACAAUGAAUGAGAGGAAUCUGCCUGGAAAUGGUUUCAGAACCAUGUACCUUUAUGCUUUGUGAUUGUGAAACAAUGACUUUUGUAACCCCUAAAUGAAAACUGUUUAGCAAAGGGGAUCUAUUUUGUGUGUUCUGAAAUUUAGGUGCAAUGUCCCCUCGAAAAAGCUAAAGAAAUGUAUAUGCUCAAUGACAUUUUAAAAUAAAAUAUAUAUAUGUAUAUAGGACAUCUUUAGAAAAA